GAAAGAUGCUGCGAACUCCGGCCCGGCUGCGAUGCGAACAUCUCCCGUGUCUUCCCUCGGCUGAGCAGCGACCACUCGGAUGCUGAAAUAAGGCUCUGAGGAGGAGGAGGAAGAGUGGGAGGGGAGAGUUCCGAAGCCACUUUGGGCGCUGCGCCGCUACGUGCGGGAUUCUGUGCGGAGCAUCCUCCUGGCAGCCUGAACGCCGGGUGCUCUCCCCGCUGCUCUGGGGGGGAUUCCCCCUUCCCUGCACCCCGCUCCCGAGCGAGACAGCGGCCAGGUCCCCGAAGUGAAGGAAAAAUUCUGAGAUGCAGAAAGGCUUAUUUGCUGCUGCAAAUGGGAAUCUGGAAUAACUAUGAAAAACACACUGAAAUAAUUGUGUUUGACUGGAAAAAAAUUCUUGCAAAGUCCCCAAGGAUGAGAUUCUGUGCCAAAUCAAUGCUUCUGUCUGACUGGCUCUUUCUGGUCUAUGUGUUAAUGGUCUGCUGUAAAUUGUUGUCCGCCUCUAGUCACCAUCCCCGGGGGCACACAGGCCAGCACCAGGUGAAGCAGGGCACGUGUGAAGUGGUGGCCGUGCACCGGUGCUGCAACAAGAACCGGAUCGAGGAGCGCUCGCAGACCGUCAAGUGCUCCUGCUUCCCGGGACAGGUGGCGGGCACCACCCGGGCCCAGCCCUCCUGCGUGGAAGCUUCCAUUGUCCUGCAGAAGUGGUGGUGUCACAUGAACCCCUGUUUGGAUGGAGAGGACUGUAAAGUACUACCAGACUAUUCAGGUUGGUCUUGCAGCAGUGGAAAUAAAGUCAAAACCACAAAGGUAACACGGUAGCAAAGGCUAAACCUGAGGGUCACUCCCAGGACUAUGGCAUGUGGAACUUGGCUGUUACACAGAGACCUUUUUUUGUCAUGUUGUUAUUGACUUCAUCCUUCAAACUUGCAAAGGAGUUGGGAAAAAGGACAGCACUUCUCCUUUCAGCUGUGGCUGCAGUUUCUGAGCCUGGAUUUUGCUAUUCAGUGCUACAUUAUGAUUUCACAAGAAAAAACAAGAUUUGGUUCUACCUGAAAUGCACCUUGGAUUCCCAAGGAUCUGAGACCUGGCUGAAAAUUGUGGAAGAACACACCUGAGCUUCUGGUGGUGCACCAAGGAUAAAACUUUCUCAAUGACACAAAGAUAUGUAAAAUUGUUUUAAAUGAGUUUAGGUCAUGAAUGUAACUUAGGGGAUCAUAGAAAGAAAAUGCUGAUGUUAGAACUGGUACAGAUGAUCUCAAAGGUCUUUUCAACCUGUAUGAUUCCAUGGAUUUGUCUGAGGUGUUUCUUGCAUACAGUACAACAUAAAAAUACAAAGCUGAUCCCAGUGAAUUGAUGGGACCGUGUUAUAAAUUAUGUCUUAGUGUAUUUUCAACUGUAAUUUAGUACCUAUCAAGGUGGUAUGAAGGUGAAAAGAUGGCAUUUAUAGAAUUAGUAGCAAUUAUUGUAGGGCAAACUUUGGUUAUAGCUGUGCAAUUAGAUUUAUUUCCUUAGAUAGUUCUAGGUAGUUUAACCUUUACAUUCAUAAGUGAUGGCAGGAAAGCAUGAGGAAGAGAUAAAAUUUGAAAGCAGGCAUAGUUUUUCUUGUCCUAAAAUAAAUCCAUUCUCUAGGGGAAUAGCAAAGUAUACAUAUUCCUUGCCUCUUUGAAUCUAGAUAUGGAAAAGAAUUUAGCCAUUAGCUAGAAAUAUUCAUUGAGAUGCCUCAAAAAAAGGAGAGCAGGCUUGUACUGCAUAAGGAAGGCUUACUGGAAGGGGAAUAAUUUGUUUGGAUUUUCAUAGCUUUGGUUAUAUCCUAAUAGGUAACAUACUUAAAAUUCAUAAGCAAAAUUCUAGAUAAAAGUGAAUCUUCAGUUUCAAUUAGUUCUUGUUUAGAAUGAUUAUAAUAAUUAAAUGUCCAGUUCCUUGACAGACUGAAUUUCCAAGUGGUUACAUUUUGAGACACAUAAUUGUUCCCUAUUAUUGUAGAUGCAUUUCAUGCCCUUUUUCUUAUUUGCCUGUUAGAGUUUCUUGUCAUCAGUCUUCAUAAAUAGAAUAGGGGGAGAGGUGAAGCUGUAGCCAGUCUGUCCCCCUGACAUUGCAGCAGACUGAAGUGCAGUGGUGCAGAUGAACUGCUGGUGACCCAGAGACAAAAGUCAUUGUUAUGCUUUAUGUAAAUAUUGGGGUAACAAUGCACAUCCAAUUUUUAUGUAGACAGAAAGGUGGAAAAAAAGAAAAAAGAUGUCUUGUACUAAUGUAAGUCAUUUUGCAUAAACUUUCUUGUGUAUGGGAAAGAUCCCAUCAGCAAUGGGAAACUCUUCAGGGUCAUAAUUAUUAACUUUAUUAACUUCUGAUUAACUGGAGUGAGUGGGAGCAUUCAGCCUGUUAAUUCCACCAGAAUCAGUGGUGGAAAGAUCUAGCCCUGUGUUUCUUGGUUUUGAUUCCCUUGGUUUAGGUCACUUUCAAUUAUGUAUUUGAUUACAGCUGGGAUCAUAGUGGUCAUUGUACUCAGUGAUAAGCAAAUGAGAUUUUCUGCUCUGUGCUUGGACAGUUAAUAGAAUCUGCUUGCCCUAAUGAGCUCUACAUUCUCAAUAUUUUUCCAUUGUUUUGAUUUUCUGAUUAAAUUUUAAAAUUACCUUUA